CACUUUCUUCGUUUGAAGUUUUCAUCCCCUCUCUCUCUCCACCAUCUUACAUAGUAAUAGAAUCAUAAGUGAGAAACAAAGACCCUUUUUGCUUAUUCCCUCCUCUCUCUAGAGUUUUAUCGAAUCAUAUUGAUUCUCAAAUCAAAACCCAUCUUUCAUUUCACUUCGAUACACCUCUCUUCUUCUGUAAAACACAAGAAAUAUUGUUUAUUUUCAAGAUUUAUUCUUUGUUCUCCUUUUCCCUCUCUGUUUCAGUUCAAAAUUUUCAUUUUUAGUUUGGAUUCGAAAUGGGUUUUUCAAAGAAGCAUCAAACUGAGGGAGGCCUAGAAUCGGACGGCAAGAAAUGGGUGAUCGCCGGAAUCGUGGUACGAGCUCCGUUGAAGUCAAUAACUGCAAAACCAAAAGAGGGGGAUGGAGACGACAAUGAUUCGACGACACCGACGUCAAAAGAAUCGAGGAUACCGGAGAAGUUGCCGUGCCCGCCGGCGCCCAGAAAGCGCCGGCCGGUGUCAACAUGUCACUACAAUGGUGUUAGGGAGUUUUUUACUCCACCGGACUUGGAAACAGUAUUUAUACGCCAUGUUGUUGAGAGAGCAAAUUGAGUUUCUAUUCGCGAGUCCAUAGUCUUGGAAUUUUUUUUUUUUGGCUUCUCUGUUUCUUUUAGUAGUUUAGAGUAGAUGAUAAUGUUAUGUAUAAUAUUUUUAUCUAGUUUAGUUCAAGCUAUGCUUAAUGAAUUUUUUUUUAAUUUUUUUUUGGGAAGGUUUUGCAAUUAUGUUCCUUAUUUCUUUAUUUAUUUUUAUUAUGUGAAUGUGAUGAUGACUACAAAGUGUCUCAAGAGUUUGAAGUAGUAACUGACUGGCAUGACUAGAGACUCUAAUUGUCAUUUCACUCCUUAAGCUUAAAGAUUCACUCUUCACUCAUGCACUCUCUAUUCUAUCACUCUCUCUCUCUCUCUC